AAUGAUCAACGAAGUGCCUACGUCUAAGGAAAUCCUUUUCACGACGAAGAUGGACAGAUGGUAAUAGGCAAAAUCGUUUGGAAGUGGAUUAUUUUUAAAAAGUUCGAUUGACCAACCAAUAAAGGAUUUUUCAGUAGUAAUUGCACAUGUAGUCUAAAAUCCAGCUGCCUAAACGUACAACCUGAAUGGUCAAUUACCCAGGACAUUCUAAAAAUGUUUAAAUAUUGAUGUAUUUCCUAAUUUCUAAUCUUCGGUUCAAGCAAGGGAUAAACCUUUGUCUUAAUUGCUGAGAUCUGGCUCAAGAGGGAAGGGAACAUGAGAAAGUUCAAUCGAGAGGUUGUAUGUUAAUUUCACAUAUUUAUGGUUAUAUCUACGGUAGCUGUUUUCAUUAGUUGGUUUGCGUCAUGUAGUCAGGCUGAAUUCUACACAAUUUGACACCUGCUUUUGUUUUUUUUCUAUAUUUUCCCUUCUCCUUUUUAAGAUCAUAUUUUACACUCCACAGAGUUUUCUGAAAACUUUUCAUAGAUAAAAUUUGUAGGUUAAGUAUUUUCUAUCUCUCUAAUCCUUUAGCAUUUUAAAAAUAUAAGUCCACAAAUAUAACAAAUAAUUGCUCAUCUUUUGAGUUUCAUCAAAACUACCACUUAUCGAAUGAAUAGAAGUUUUUGAAUAAUCUCAAAAUUGUUAUAGCAGUAUUAGCGUAUUAACCACACAAAAACCAACUUCCUUACAGUUUAUUAAUUAGCGAAAUUCCUAAAAUGUACAAGUUUACUUUCAAAUAAGUUUUAAUUUAUCGUAUUGCGAAUUUGUUAGCUGAGAGUAUCUGCAAUGGUUUCAAUCUUCACUGAAUGUAUUCUAUCCAUUUUUUGUUUAUUUAGUAGGUGAGUGCUACUUUCAUGAAAGAUCUUAUUUCAAGCGAUUCAAGUUGUUGAAUAUUUCAAAGUAGCACAGCCUAAAAUCCAGGAUGAAAGACGUAUAUAUGGUAAAAGUUAGGGCUUAAAAUGAAGUUUCUGUUGAGAAUCGCACUAAUAUGCAACACUCACUAAAUGGAUGGGAAAAUAGCUGCAAGUGCUAAAUACAAUACAGUAAACAUUGAAAACGUGGAAAACUUCAGUCAGUUUGUUCCACAAAUUUGUUUAAAUCGUCAAAGUAGAAUAGUAACGUGUAUCUCUUAAGUUUUCUUAUAAAUACUAUCAUUCUAAGUUCAAGCUUUAUAUUAGUACGUAGUAAAUGACUAAUCGAGUAGUAGUUUCGUAUUUUUAGGUCUUCAUUGUUGUUUCUAUGCAGUGUCGCAUCUGAGAGAAUUCUUUUGAUAUAGACAGACGUAAACCUGUUCCAUUCAUAGAAUGAGAUGUUCCAUAAUCGGUAGAGUUCACAAGAUUUAAACGCUUUAAUUUUCCCAAAUUUUUGUAUGGAAGUUACGCUUGUUGUAGUUAUUCGCUGUUAAUAAUACCGAUAGGCGUGUAGAUAAAUUAUUAAUGUAAGAUUUUAGCUUCUCUAUAUAAGGUUGUAUUUUGGUUUCUACUCAGCUAUUUUAAACCGAGCUUGUAGGGCAAUGUGCAAACCGUUACUGAGGUGGUAAAUAUUUGGCAUAGUCGCAAAUAUUAGUGGUUGAAAUUAUGUUAAAUUUUAUUCGAGCUACUGUUUUAUCCUCUUAUCAGUCUUCAGAGCGAUUACCUCUUUAUUAAUCUCUUGGCAACAACCAUCUAAUAAGCAUUGUUCUUGUGAUUUUACUUUUUCAGAGACUUGAGUGUUUGCUUUGGUGGUCUUUACUCCUAACUUUAAGUUAUCUGAUUAUGUGUUUAGUUCUGUUUUGCUGAUCCACUCAAUUCCUCAAAUACUGAUAUGACUGAGAUUAUUGGACUAAUAUCUUUCUAAUUUAGUACAUUUACCCCAGCGUCUUCCCUUACUUCGUUGCAAAACAAUACUCCAUUUACUUCAGCGUUCAUGUCCUUAUCUUUCUACUCAUAUUCGAUAGACGUUUUCUCUAACGUAAUACUCAUUUUCUGAAUCGAGUCAUAAAUCUAAUAAUACCUUUUAUCUUUUAGAUUUUCGAUUAGUUCAAAGUUUCUCAACCACCAACUUUUGGUUUUAAGUCUAAUUUUUUAAAAUGAUUUUCUACUUUGUUAGAUAUUCGUGAUGUGACAUGCACUAUAUGUCAAAAGGCUUUUUCUAAGCGGUCUGUGAUGCGCAGGCAUAUGAAAUCAGUUCAUGCAGUCAUAUAGGUAGAUUAUUCAAAGUCUAUACGGAAUGGAAAUGAAGUUGAUGCGUUUGACGACGAUUUUAAGCAGUUUUCCUACCUAAUAAUGAACUACAAUAAUAGGAUAAUUAAUCUCAUUGUAUUUAUAAUUCAGUUUACUCCGUAUAGUACGUAAUUAUUUAAUCGAUUGAUUGUAGUCAAGUUAACUGUUUAUUUCCUAAUGUUUCUCAAAGUAUUUCUCACUUCAGUAGUUAAUGAUAAUAGCUCAAAAAGGCCAUUUACCAGCAAAAGUCAAAAAAUUAUUAGCGUUUUUUUAUUUGGUCAAAAUUUAUUUAUUUUUUUAUAGAUCCUUCUUUAACUUGUUUUAAGAUUUAUUUGCAUACUUUUAUAUCUUUAUUAAAUAGAGAAAAAAGAUUUCCAUUGUAAUCUAUGUCAAAAACAGUUUACAGAAAAAAAGAAUCUUCAGAUGCAUAUAAAUGCAUUGCAUAAAGGUCUACGACCCCAUCAGUGUGAUGAUUGUCUUAAAGAGUUUGCUCGGAAGUGCGAUUUGUUAAGACAUUCAAAUUCAGUUCAUCGUGAUUCCAAACCUUACAUGUGCCCAUUAUGUAAUAAAGGGUUUCCACAGAAAUGGUAUUUUGAGCGUCAUGUGGCUUCUGUCCAUAAAAAGACUCCUUUUCCAAUAUCUUUUAUGGUGCCACGACAACAAACCCAACAACACCAAACUUUACAAACUCAACAAGAACAACAACAAAUACAAGAAAUGUUACAACAACAACAGCAGCAGCAGCAACAAGAACAACAUCAACAGCAGCAACAUCAAUUAAUUCAUCAUCAGCAGGAACAACAACAACAGCUGACAGUUCUUCAAACUCAACCUCAUUCUCAACAAGUCAACUUACCUAUGGGCACUAUAAUUGCUACACCUGGCUCUGUUCAAAAUGCAAUGCCUUCUGGUACACAGGUAAUGAUGGUUGCUCCUGGAGUAAAUAUGCCUAUGCCAGCAUUUUUCUUUCAACCACAACAAGCUGCUCCAUUCGCAAAUACUAUUACUAUGAAUCCACAUACAGCAGUUCUCCCGACAAGUACCAAUUCACUAUUUCGUUCCAAUUGUGCUACAACCUCAGCAACAUUCAUCACCUCUCCUUUUAGUGUUAGUCAUUUACCUGUGAAACCGAUAACCUUUAAUUCAACACAAAUAGCUGUUACUGCUCCUUCAACUCCGUCGCCUUCUAGACCAUCAAAAGAAUAUCAAUGUGCAACUUGCUCCAAAGUGUAUCCUCGACGUCAAAGUUUACAAGCUCAUAUAAUACAAGUACAUACAGAUAAAAAGCCAUAUGAAUGUAAUGUAUGUCAUAAGGGUUUUGUUCGUCGUUGGGACUUUUAUCGUCAUGUGAACUCUGUUCAUCAUGAUAAUGCAACAACUGCUAUUGGCAAUGAUAAAUUAGAAGAAUAUGUAGCAUGGAUGCGUGGACGUCGAUCGUCGUUGGAUAUAAGCUGGGAAUGUUUAAAUGCUGUUCGACCUGAUUUAACAAGAGUCAAAAUAGAAGGACAACCGCAAACUUCACAAAUUACACCGAAAGCAGAACAAAUGAAUCAUUAUCUAAUAGGAUCAGAUGUUACAGCUGUUGAUACAUCAGAUAUAAAUAAUUUAUGAUAACAUAUAAACAAAUAAUAUCAAUACUGUUACUUUCUGUAUAUAAUUAUGUAAAUGAAUUAAUUCUUUUAUUCAUUAGUUUGUCGAUAAAAUCGAUACAAUAAUGUGUUUGAUUUUUCUUUUUUUUUCAUUAGGCUGAUCUUUGUUUAUCAAGAGUCGUCUACUGUUUGGUUUCCUUUUUUUCAUUAGGUGCAAUAGCCCUACUGUGAUCAUGCAUUGUUCCAUAAUAUUCAUCAAGUGAAUAUUCUCGUUCGUAUCCCUAAAAAUUUUGCAUAUUUAAGCAAAUUUGCGUUAAUUCUUAUUGUUAUUUUUACUAUUAUUAUUGCUUAACUUUGUUUUGUUAAGCGUUUAACAUUAAAUUAGCAGCAGUAUUAUAGACUACUCUUUAUUCAAACCAAAUAACAAUCUUUAUCUCACUGAAAUUUUCCAAUGGUUUUCACAUUGCUAGUAUUACUGCUAAUGAGCAUUAUUUUACAAUCAUGUAGUUAUGAUAAUUCAUUGUUCUUUUUUUUCGUCUCAUCAUGUUUAUCACUACAAGUUAAAUUUCUUUUUGUUAUGUAUCAAUAAAUAGUUCGUAUUGUAACUAUUAUUUCCUAUGCUCCCUUCUCCUGAAAAAAUAUUUUAUCUCAUACUACCUGCGAUUUAAUUAAAUUUUUAUCCGACUUU